CUAGCGGCCAUCUGCAAGGGGCUGCUUUGCGCAUGUCCGAGCCAAUACGGUCCUCUCGCGCACCCUUCAGCCUCCAUCACUCCUGCCUCCCGCCAGGUCGCGGCACCGCCAGAGAGGAUGAUGCUGACAGGACGAAUUGUGACGUCAUGAUCUCACGUCCAUGGACUCGUCCCCCAACACCGUAGAGCUCCACGAGCUGCGCAGCACCAGCGGCGGCUUCCGGAACGCUUCGUACCAGCCGGACGAGGAGGCGCUGCAGCAGCAGGGGGCGACCAGCUGUCCUCCCUCCACCGCAGGAAGCUGCAAGGAGCUCUCGCCUCGCUCGUGCGACGAGGAUGGCCUCCACAACGAGGGUCAGGACCUGACCGAGUUCCGUCGCCAUGACGACGGCGCCGGCGACUCGGGUUUUCUGGUGGCCCUGGUGCUGCUGCUGAGCGGCAUCGUCCUGGUGGUGAUCGCCUACACCGUGCCCAGGGAGGCCAAGGUGGACCCGGACUCGGUGUCAGCCCGGCAGAUGGAGCAGCUGGAGAUGUACUACGCCCAGCUGGGCUCCCACCUGGACAAGUGCAUCAUCGCCGGCUUGGGCCUGCUCACGCUGGGCGGGAUGUUCCUCUCCGUGCUCCUCAUGGUGUCCGUUUGCCGGGGACAAAUGUACCACCACCGCCGUGCCGCAUUUGUGCGGCCUAAAAGGACAUAUGGCUCCAUCAACCUGAGGAUGAAGCAGCUGGCGACAGGGGAGGAUGCGGAGGCGUCUGCUACAGGGGAACCAGGAGAUGUCGCCUUGCCACACGGUGAUUGAGACCGCCGCUCACUGGAGGGCAGCAUCGAAGCACACAUGAUGCGGAUGCUAAUCAGCUAAAAGCACAAUUUAAGAUCUGCUUCGCUCAUUGGCCGAGAGAGUGAACCGUCCAAUCACGGUGUGACAUCACUUCCUGUGCAGGUAAUUACCUACACCAGCAAUGUAGAGAGAUUUCAACAAAAAGAGAGCUAUUAGAGUGAAGGAAGUAACCAUUUUAUACACGCAGCAUACUUUUAUUAGUUGAAUAUGUAAACAUUUGUGUCAUGUCCGAGUACAAGAAGCCUUAAACGAGUAAACACACUGUAACGUGUACUCAUUAACUAAAUGUUUGUGCGUAUAUAGAGCUGCGUGGACAAGAAUGUAACUACACACACUUUGUCGGUGGAUGUUAAGCUGGAGUGCGCACAGAAUGUCCAAAAGCGAGCAUUUCCUGUAUCGAUGUAUCCCCAUACUAAAACACAAAAUGGUUGAAAGUGUUUUUAAAAAAUAUAUAGAGAACAUUUUGUGAGAAUCCUUGUACAAAUCCGCUGAUAUGUUUGUGUUUUAUAUGUAGCUCCUGCCGCUAAAGCUAUAGACCUUUACAAAUGUGAUGACGGCCAUUUUUUAUUUGUUGGGUGUGUAAGCAAGCUGUUAUGGAUUAUGAGAAUGAAGUAAAAAAAAAAAAGAAGGUGAUAAAAUGCGUGAGGUAGUUAUUGUUAAAAUGUCUUGAAAAUAAGCUUCGUGCCUGACUUGGUUGUCAUGUGACAGGGCACAGCUGCCCCCAAAUAGCAGUGUAGCAGGUAAGAUUUCCUAUUCCCAAAAUCUUAUUUUUUUCCAUUAAAAGGCCAUUUUAUAACUAUGGAAUAACUUUACAGGGUGUCAUGUAUUACAUUUAACCUGCUCUCACUUUAUU